AUGGCAAUGCGCGUAAAUUUAACACCAGCGCAGCGACAUCCCGCUACAUCAUCCAGCACACACUACGCGUUGAAGCAAGUCGUUGGCAAGGGCGCAUAUGGUAUUGUGUACAGGGCGAUCAAUCGACAAACACAAAAAGAAGUAGCCAUUAAAGUGAUCGAGUACGAUGAUGAGGAAGAGCUUAAUGAACACAUGUUGGAAAUUGACCUGCUUAAAAAUCUCAGACACCAAAAUAUUGUUAAAUAUCACGGAUUUAUUCAAAAGUCUCACCAGCUGUACAUUCUGCUAGAGUAUUGUUCGCAGGGCUCUUUACGGGAUCUGGUGAAAAGAGGUCCGUUGGACGAGUCCGAUGCAAAGACUUUCAUAAGACAAACUCUUGAAGGUCUUAAGUACCUGCAUGAGCAGGGUGUGAUCCACAGAGACAUCAAGGCCGCUAAUUUACUGCUUGACUCCCGAAAUGUGGUGAAACUGGCUGACUUUGGAGUUUCUACACGUGUGAACAAUCUAGCGAUGACAUAUGCUGGCUCGCCCAACUGGAUGGCCCCAGAAGUCAUGCUCGGCCAAGGCGCCUCCACCGUCAGCGAUAUAUGGUCUUUGGGUGCAACUGUGGUUGAAAUUUUAACGGGGAACCCACCAUUCCAUAAUCUCGUCAAUGAAGCCGCAUGUUACGCCAUUGUGCACGACUCUUACAUCCCUCCCAAAUCAUUGUCGUCAUCGUGUCGACGCUUCUUAUCUUCAUGCUUUCAAAAGAAUUUAUUUAAGAGGCCGCGCGCUUUAGAGCUCCUCAAUCAUGAAUGGUUGAGCGAGACGAAACAGUCAAUUUUAGAGAGGUUCAAGGAACCGGAAUCGGAUAACUGGGACAGUGAUUUUAUUGAGGUAGAAGUUUCACCCUCGAAAGAUCAUGAUAUUCACGACGAGCAGUAUUACUUGAAGCAGCUAACUCAAGCUCGUGUUGAAUGCCAUCCCCACCUUAUCUUCAGUGAAUGCGACUUAGGCGCCGUCGUUUCGUGCUUGAUCGAUCUCUGCAAACGGGGCCAGAUGAAGAACGUCAAGGAGAUGUUUACAUAUGAUCUAAAAUACAACGAGGGAAGAUGCAGGUCAUUAUUUAUUACCAUUGGUGGUUUGACUUAUCUACUCAAUCACUGUCCGGUGGUUGAGAAUAUUUUAUCGGAGUGUUUCAUAAAUGAUAUGCGUGAGAUGAUUAAAUGUGGAAUAUUGGCCCAUUGCAAAAGCUUCUCUGACCCACUUUUAAUUCUCUCCAUUUCCUCGACUUUCCAUGAACUUGUGGACUACAAGAUCUGGUGUCAGUGGUGUUCUCAGCUUCCAAAUAUGGUAGAAUCUAUAAUUUACGGAUUAGAAAAUAAUGAGAAAAUGGCGGAAGAUAUUCUGCUCAAGCUAUCAGCCUCAUCUCUGUUUCCAAUGGACAAACACUUUCUAUCUAAACUUAUGGCUUUACCUUUAAGGAACAAUUUGAGAUUGAAAUAUACUAUUUUGAAAAGUUUUAACAACCUGCUAGAGAGAAAAGAAGAACAACGUGAGAAUACUAUUGAAUCGUUUGAUUCCCGGCCACCAGUCACACCACUGUCAACAUCCCUACCAUUGAGUACUCCCUCAGUGAAUAUUCCUGUUUUCCCCCCACAAUCGACCCUCCCAGACAGAUUCAUGGACUGGCUAUUAAAAUCCAUGCCUAGUGCUACAGAUGAUCCUCACUUGAUAAAGAAUUUCAUCGAACUUUGUUAUAACUCGUCGCACUUAAAUCAGGUUUCUUUGGGGGAGAUCGUAGAACACCGCGAAUUUAUAAAACUAGUCAAGCAGCUGGCGCAGCAACUUUCUGGUGACUUAUCCAUAAAGUAUAUGAAAUCAUUACUACUAAUGGCCCUUCAGUUGUGUGUUGAGCUAUCUCAAGAGGUCAACGAGACUACACUUUCUGAUAUGAUCGACGUUUCACUGCAGUUCUUACUCGUCCCAGAAUUUGCAACAGGUGGAAUCGAUAUUCUUCUACACUGCUUACAAUUUGCACUACAUGAACGCUUCAAAAUCUACGAAGACACUACAGAUAUAGUCAUAGUAGUCCCUUCCGGCGAUAUUCGUGUGCCUCAUAGGAAGUUACUCCAAACAUUUUACUCAGAGGAAGUGAAAUUCGGAAAUUUUAUCCCAAAAUUCACAAAACUCUGUUCUCUACCACCUUGUAAUUCCCUUUCCUACGAAAUUAUUAUCCACAAAGACUUCAUGGAUAAAGUUCGUUCGUUAUUCGAUCUUUAUCGAAGUAGCUUAAUUAUUCAGAUUGAUUUUUUGAAAUUUCUCAAAAUAGUCCUGACAAGAUACGCUGAAUUCAUGCCGCAAUCAAAACGCAAGGACAUCAGUUCAGAGAAACUUCUGUCGACCGGAAUGAAGCACGCGAUGCUACAACCUAAUGCUAAUAUUAUUAGAAAUGUUGCAAAUUUUCUUCACCAUAACUGGCAGAUUGAGAAAGCGCAAAAAGGCCAGGUCGGAGCUGAUUCAGUCCUGAUAAAACAACUUUGCCAAGACAUAGAGUUGUUGCAACAUGGAGAACUCCAAGCAGGCAAUAAGCUCAUUGAUAAAGAUGGUUUCGCUAUUCCAAAAUUCAACCCAAUUUGA